UGAUAUCGCAACGCAGCAUCGAACGGUCGGAAUAUUUUGAAAACUUUUUUGCUUAAAGGAUAAUUGAAUGCGGUAGAAAUUCAAGAGAUUUCGUUAGUUACUGCUAAAGUGAAUGAAUUAAAAAAAAAAUGAAAGCGGAAAUACAAGAAAUCAAGGCGAAUGGGAAAAAUCAGGAAUUCAAUGUGAAUUCGGAGAUACAAAACUUUUAUCGAGAUAAAAGUGUUUUCCUUACGGGCGGUUCGGGAUUUUUGGGAAAAGUAUAUAUCGAAAAGAUAUUGCGGGCCACAGAAGUAAAAUGUGUUUAUAUAUUAAUUCGUCCCAAAAAGGACCAAACAGUAGAAGACCGCAUAGAUGCUAUGUUCAGCAAUCCCCUUUUUACAGAGUUGAAUCGCAGAAAACCAUCGGCAAGAACACGCAUAAUACCGAUUAUUGGUGAUUGUAUUCUUCCAAACCUGGGUAUCUCACCGACAGAUCGACAAACCCUGAUUGACAAAGUUGAAAUUGUUAUACACAGCGCUGCCACUGUACGUUUCAAUGAGCCACUCUUCACUGCAUUAGCCAUAAAUGUGCGUGCCACUAUGGACCUAUUACAAUUAGCAAAAAAAAUCUCCAAAUUACAAGCUUUCGUUCACGUUUCUUCCGCCUUUGCGAAUUGCACACUAUUCCGGCUGGAGGAAGUUUACUAUACAAGUGAGCUCAGCAUAACCGCCGAAAAUAUGUGCAAACUGGCGGAGUUAUUAGGUCCGGAGAAAACUAAUCGUAUGACCGCUGAGUGGUGCGGCAAAUCGCCCAAUACAUAUACUUUUACCAAAGCUCUAGCCGAAGAGGCCGUACUCUCGCUCGGAAAGGAGUUGCCGAUAUGCAUCUUUCGACCUGGCAUAGUUAUACCAACUAAUACUGAACCGCUAGCUGGUUGGGUGGAUAAUCUGUAUGGUCCGAUGAGCGUUUUGUUCGGUGUCGCUCGUGGUAUACUUCGCGUUCUCUAUGUACAUCUGGAUGCAAACGCGAAUUUCGUGCCCGUAGAUAUGUGCGCUAAUUUAAUGUUGGCCACGGCGUGGAACACUUCGAAGGCUGCGAAUCAAGAACCCUUUAAACCGCCACCAAUUUAUAAUUUUGUGCCCGAUGAACGCAACAUGUUGAAAUGGGAUACAUAUCGACGUACUCUGGAAGAACACGCCCCCAACAUGCCACUCACACAAAUGAUCUGGUAUCCAUUUGCAAUCGUCGUUAAAUCGAAAUUAUUAUAUAAUAUUUUGAUUUUAUUCUACCACAUAAUACCCGGCUAUAUCAUUGAUUUCUUACUCUUACUGAUGGGAAGGAAAAGAAGAAUGGUAAAACUUUAUCGUAAAAUUCACAAACAAACCGGCGUGCUGGAUUACUUCGUUGAACAUAAAUUCACUUUUACGAUGGAGAAUACAACAAAAUUAUGGCAUUCACUCUCUAGUCUCGAUCAAAAGUUAUUUAAUUUCGAUAUGUCCUCAAUAAAUUGGUUUGAGUACUUCUACAAUUCUUUACUGGGUUUACGCCGCUACAUAGGUCAGGAGCAACCGGAUACUAUACCAAAAGCUAAAAAGCUGUUUCACAGACUCCUUAUUUUGCAUCGCAUAGUUCAGCUGCUGGUCUAUGGCGGCGUUUGCGGUUUGUUAUCAUGGACAAUCCUGCGAGUUUUUCAAGCGCCCUAAGUUAGCUUAGUGGAGGUCUUACUACCUAUCAUUUGUACAAAAAAGAAGCUUUGAAUUCCUAAUAGUUGUACUUGUAUAUGUUUGCUUAUGUGAUAGCCAUGGAAAGUUAUGGCACCAAUUUGGUUUUAUGUGUAAUUUAUAGGCUCGUGUACAUAGUAAGUACGUACAUAAAUAUGUAAGAGGUAAAAGUGGAAGUAUAAUUUUAAGUAUUGUUCUGAUUUAUAUGUACGGCGGUAUAUGUUUUUAACGUAAGCUUUAAUGUAAAUUUUAUAUGAAUUAUUUUUACUUUUAAUUAUUAUAUUAUAAUAUAUUGUGUUCCGUUGCCGCUGCUUGUAGGGUUACCAUAUGACUAAUGUUAAAAAUCGAAAAGUCAGGAUAGUCGAGUUUGUAAAUUAGAAAUAAAAAGAUAAAACAUUUAUAAUAAAUUACGUUUUAUACUUCGAAUAAUUCCGAUUAAUCGUUUCACUUUUACUUUAAAAGGGUUCUAAAAAUCACAUAACAUU